UCUUUAUACAUUCAAUAACAUCUAGUAAUUCCUUUUUAUACCUUUGUUUGUCAUAUUUCAGUGAGCAGACUCACGUACACUACUCUCGUAGUGGUCUCUUUACAACAUUAACACCACGCUAGACAGGUUAGUUAUAAACUCAUAGUAAACGAAGUAUUUAUUAAGCAUUAAGGAUAAUUCGCAGAUAGAGAACAUACUGACGAUCCGCAAGCAACAUGUGAAUAUUUCUUUAUUAUUCAAUUCGCUUCCGUGUAUAUUUUUAAAACAAAACAAUUUGGCUUGAUAAGCUAAACACUUCAUCUGUCCAAGAUUAGUGACAUGACAGUCACAUCCAAAUUAUCGAUAAGCACUUAUUUAGUAUACGAAAGUCUAGGUAAAAAAGUUUGUGAAGCGGGAGUUUUCUGACUUUAGUUAGGUUGAUGGAUGGUACUAUUUAUAUUUUAGGAGUCGGAAGUAUUGGGACCUUUUUGGCUUGCGAGUUGAUGAGUUUACCGUACUUCAAAGACAAGGUUGUUUUGCUAUUACGAAACAAGGAAAGACUUGGACAAUUUAGAGAAAACGGCUCGCACUUAACACUUGAAAGGGUGCUUGACAAUAGACAGGAUUUAGUUCGACAUAAAGUUAAAGCCACAUGUUCAUCGGAACUUAAUGUAGAUGCCAUAGACAACUUAAUAGUGACGACGAAGACGACUGAGACGGAAACAGCAAUGCGUGAUUAUCUUCCUUUUCUAAAUAAGCAUUCGAACAUUUUGUUUGUUCAUAACGGAUUUGGCAUUAUUGAAGCUUUAAAUAAGACCGUUUGGGACAAUCCAUAUACACGACCUAAUCUUUAUCAGGGAGUUACUUCGCAUUCCGUUUCAUUUAAAGAAAAAUUUUGGUAUUGUCAUAAGUGUUUUGGAGCUUUAAAAAUUGCCAAAGUACCUAGAACUGUUAAAGAUUCGUCAGUCCCUGAUGCAGUUGGACCUUGUGCUAUGGUGCAAAAUUUGUUAGAUGCAGAAAUGGCUAACGGGAGCUACUUGGAAUAUCUUAAUUUACUCAUUUACCAGUGUCAAAAGUUUAUGGUUAAUUGUUGCAUGAACUCCACAAGUGCUAUCCUUGAUUGCGUGAACUACGAACUAUCUAACAUUGCCGAAGUGAAAUUACUUUUUCAUGCAAUAAUUACUGAAUGUGUUGAUGUCUUGUUUAAAUCUAACAAUAUUUUAGCAAAUAGUGAAAAGGCUAAAAAUAUUUUGAGCGUGCCGAAUUUAUUUGAUCUAGUUCUAUACCUUGGUUUUGUGGAAAAUGCUAGAAACAGCACUUCUAUGAGACUUGACACACUCAAAAAAAGAGAGACAGAGAUCGAUUCGCUGAAUGGAUGGAUUGUCAAGUUAGCUAAGGAGUUUGAUUGUGAAGCUACCGUGAACAAGACAAUAACUUUAAUGGUUAAAGCCAGAACCACAAUUAAUCAAAGACGUCUUUGAAUAUAUACAUUUACAAAAUCCCUUAUGGAAUCCUAUGUCAUAAAGGAUUAUUUUUGACAAAGGAUUACAUUUACGACUACAACAACGCAUUUGAUUUUUGUGGGUUUAUUAAUUAUGGCGAAUAUUAUUUUACUUUUUUUUUUAAAAAAAAUAAUGCCGAAUAUAGUUUUGAUGCGAUGAGAUAGAAAUGGAAGACUCUUGAUCUGUACUGUUAUCAAUAGUACUCUUUUAUAGAGCACAGCACAAGAGUGCGCAAAUUUAAAACAGCUUUAUAAUCUGAUUAUAUAUUACUGUUUCUUCCAACACACCUUGGGUUUAAAAUACUUUUCGGCGACUUCGAGGGAUUCCGUAGAUAGCAGUAACAAUAAUAAUAAUAACAGUAGUAAACCAAAACGUUUAU